UAACUGUCAUUUAUAGGUCAAAUAGAAUUUUCACUUCGGCAUAACACUCCGUUUGGAAUUAUUUUCAUUAAAUUUGAGACAGUUCCGGUUGGACUUAACCAUUCAAUAAAAAAUGUCUGGAAAAUACAGAAUUGUUAUGGUUCGCCAUGGAGAGUCGGAAUGGAACCAAAAAAAUCAAUUUUGCGGAUGGUUUGAUUCAGCUUUAAGUGAUAAGGGAAAAGCUGAAGCCCAGGCUGCUGGAAAAGCCGUAAAAGAGGCUGGUUUAAAGUUCGAUAUUGCACAUACAUCAGUGCUCUGUCGAGCAAUCAUCACUUUGGAAACUAUUCUUAAAGAAAGUGGGCAAUCGGAUAUCCCAGUAUGCAAGUCAUGGCGUUUAAAUGAGCGUCACUAUGGAGGAUUGACUGGUUUGAACAAAGCCGAGACCGCCGCCAAGUAUGGUGAGGAGCAAGUCAAAAUAUGGCGCCGCAGCUUUGACACUCCACCACCACCAAUGGAACCCGACCACCCUUACUAUGAUGUCAUAGUAAAGGAUCCUCGCUACGCCAAUGGCCCUUCGCAGGAGGAGUUCCCCAAAUUUGAAUCACUUAAAUUGACCAUUCAACGCACACUGCCGUACUGGAAUGACGUUAUUAUUCCACAACUAAAGGAAGGCAAGCAAAUCAUUAUUGCUGCUCAUGGCAAUAGUUUGAGAGGCAUUGUUAAGCAUUUGGACAAUCUCUCUGAGGAUCAGAUUAUGGCGCUAAAUUUGCCGACUGGUAUUCCAUUCGUCUAUGAAUUGGAUGAGAACUUCAAACCAGUGGUUUCUAUGAAAUUCCUUGGAGACGAGGAAACUGUACGGAAAGCCAUCGAAGCUGUUGCGGCCCAAGGCAAAGCCAAGUAAAUACACUUACGACUCAUCCCUUGUACUCAUAAGCAACAUAAGACAUUAGUUAAAUGAAAUUCGGGGCAUACAAAAUUUCAGUAAAUACUACUGUUAACCACAUGAAAAAUUAUUGUUGUUCGUAUUAUUACGAAUAUUAUUAUUGUGGCAAAUUACUGUUUUAAAUUAUAAAACGCAAAUAAAUUAUUGUUAAACAUCA